CGAGGCGUCUCAAUGUCUGUGGCCCACCUUUGUUGCGCCACCUGAUGAUGGUGGUGGUGGCGCUUCUCCUGGCAGCCCUGCCGUCAAUGAUGUUCACUGCAUGUGCUCUUGAGGCUCUUGGAAGUGCUGGAGGGACGCCAUUGACCAUUGCCUCGACUGAGGGUCAUCCUCGGUCGUCUGUGCUGUGUCAAGAUGCGGAAGCGACGUUGAAGCAGAUUGAACAUGUGCUGGACACGUGCAAGGUGCCAUUGUCGUCUUGGACAGACAGCAACUUCCCUCGUGGCACGCCACAUGAAGAAGUAAAGCCAAUGGCGUCAACGUCAACGUCCAACGGCGUGCUUCUUGACUUGUCCUCACUUCAGCGGCUGAUGCUGGCUGCUGGAUGCCGGAACCAACCUCAACGAAACGCCAGCGCUGGCACAGGUGUGCGGUCGCCGCCAACACCACCAACACCAUUGAGGCGACAGCAAUUACGACGGCUGCACUCUUCCCCACCGUCCGGUGGCGUGUCUUCGCUUCCUGGCUCUAGUCCCUCCAGCCCUUCUUCCUCUACAAGACGUCCCCACCACCAAAGCCACGUGGCUCCACCAGCACUAUCAACGCCUGCGACCACCCGAAAGCGCCGAGCCUUACAGACUUUUAGUCUGGUGGAGCCGCGGGUGUGCACGCUUUCACAGGUGCUGGGUAGCGAAUGCAAAGGCGCCGCAAGCACCAACGGCAGCCUGGUCAUUACGUUUGACCAUGCAGCAACAGCCAACAGGUCCACGGCAAACACAGCACCCACCUUCCCACCCAGUGCAGCAGCGGCAGCGCACUUGCAAUCCAUAGCCACCACUGUAACGAAGCUGACCGUGAACGGACGGGUGCAGCAGCACUUGCUGCAGUGGCUGCUGGCGAAUGGCAACUGGAGCACGUGUGAGUGGCUGAUUCUCGAAGGGCUUGAGUUUUCGACGUUUCACAUGCGCACCCUCAAUCCAUUCUCUGGCAUGACCAGGCUGCACGUGCAGAACAGCGAGCCGCUGCGCGCAGUGGACACACAAAGCUUUGCACACGCCUCACAGGUUCUGCACCUGCAACUCAGCAACAAUUCGCUCAUGGGCCUCCCCACUGCCGCUCUGGCUGACAUGACGAACCUGCAAGUGCUUGACAUGCCAUUCAACUUGCUGUCCGCAAUCACCGACACCAUGUUUCGCGGCCUGUCGUCGCUGAGGGAGCUGUACCUCUACAACAACCUCGUUUCCCGAGUGGAUGAAGCCGCGUUCUCGUCCCUCACGAGCUUGCGCACGCUCAUCCUGGCCAUCAACGACAUCACGUCCCUGCCACCGCGCUUGUUUUACAGCCUGACGCAGCUGACCGCCUUGCAGCUGCAGCACAACCCCAUCACGGAGCUACACCCAGACGCAUUCCAACACCUCACUCUGCUUCAGCACCUCAACGCACAAGAUCUCGCGCUCACAGAACUCUCGCCGUCCUUGUUCCGCGCAACCUCCCAACUCUUGACGCUGGCUCUAUCCAACAACUUCCUACAGGCGCUACCGGCUUCCGUCUUUGCUGGCUUGUCCACGCUGCAACGGCUGGUGCUCUCCUCAAACGCCAUCACUGCCCUACCAUCGACCGUGUUUCGCGACCUGACCUCAGUUAACUUGCUGGACCUUAACAACAAUAAGCUCACGGCUUUGCCGCCAGGGCUGCUGGACAGCUGCGAGGAGCUUGCGUCGCUUGCCUGCAACAGCAACGACCUCACGUCCCUGCCUCCAAACCUGUUUGACAACACACCUCACCUGUUUCAGCUCAGCAUCGCAGACAACAGCUUACGUGACAUUGACAGGGCGCUUGCCCCCUUGACCAGCGUCGUGGUCUUGGACCUGGAACGAAACCAGCUCACUUCCUGGCGACUCAGCACGCCCUACCACAAUCUGCGUCGUCUAUUCCUCAACCACAACCCCAUGAGCACGCUCCCAGAUCUGGUCAUGCUUCCGCAACUACUUGAGUUUCGCCUCACGGGCCAUCGCAUCACCACGCUCGACCUCACACCCGCCAUCCACCUGCCAUUUGUGACGCUGGAACUGGAUGCCGCCCCGGAUGUUUCAUCCAUCGCCGUCAUCAAUACAAAAGGUGAUGGUGUGUUGGAGGACACUAGCAGCACUGACAACAGCACCUACAUCAGUGACGGCUACAGCAGCAAUAGUGCGACCAGGGCCUUUGCUGCCAGACUGAAGGCUCUGAGUCUGGAGAACGUGGAUGCACAGCAGGUGCUAGCAACGCUGUCGGAAACUCGGCAGUUGGAGUUGCAGGACCUCCGAUUGGGGUGGCCAGGCGCCGACGACCAGACCCUGCCCAUGUCCCUCGUGUGCAGUCUCCUGGCGAGUCGUGUGCGAGAGUUGCGGUUGACACGUGCAGGGUAUAAGACACUGGAGGUGUGCGCUGACAAGCAGUUUCGAUCCGUCGUGCUCGCAAACAACCACCGCCUCACCUCUGUCACGUUGCACAACUCCCUGCACCAGCUUGACGUGUCUGGGUGCGAAAGGCUGACGCACAUCAGUGCACCUGAUAUUGACGUGCUUGAUGUCAGUGGCACACGCGUGCAGCCCACAAACGCGUUUUGCGCGCGCUGGGGCCGGCAGGUCCUAUUUGCCCGCGGGUUGGAUGACACACACAUUGACACGCAGCAGGCCAUCACGGCCCUGGGCGCUUGCUUGGAGUACACUGACGUUGUGGAUGUCUCGAACAAUGCGUGGCUCAACACCCCAGGAUCCAUGAAUCGAGCCUUUGGUGAGAAGGUUGUGCUGUCAAGUGAAGCACACGUGACCGCCAACGCCGCCCCCAUUGCAUCGCGCACAGCACCGCCCGUGCUGCAGCUGACAGAUGCACCCGUGGAAUGCGCACUGGCCAUGAACGCGCGUGACCUGCGCCUGCUUCAUGACGUGAGUGUCGUCACACGCGAAGUGGUGUAUUCGUUCCACUGCACAUGCGCGCGUGGCUUCAAGAUGGUGGAUGGCACACGGUGCGUGGUGGACAACCCAGAUGUUGCAGGCAUUGCUGCUGGCUCUGUGAUUGGCGGCCUUGCCCUUGGCUUGCUCAUGGCAUGGCUGUCACGCCGCUACCGUGGCAUGACCAAGCGUAUCGACCUACAGGAGCAGCUGUUGGUGGAGAGGGACGAGGAGGUGAUGGCGCUGAAGAAGGCGUGGGAGAUUGAGUACGAUGAGCUGAGGAUGAUCAAGCGUGUUGCUGCGGGUGCAUUUGGUGUUGUAUUCAAGGCACAGUGGGAGACAGUCACGGUGGCGGUGAAAGUGCUGCAGCAAGCCGUCAUGGCGUUUGACGAGAGCACGGUGCUUGAGUUUGAGAAGGAGGUGGAGUUCCUGCAACGGACACGGCACCCGCACGUGGUGCGGUUCUUUGGCGCGGGCACAGACCCCAACGGCAGCCCGUUCCUGGUGCUGGAGUUUGUUGCUCUGGGGUCACUCAAGGACCUGUUGGGGAAGGACAUGGGGGAAGUGUUAAUGGAGGUACGGCAGAGAAAGGUCGAGGAAAGUGGCGGUGGCGUCGAUGAUGUGAGCAGUGUGUGGGAUUUGAAGCUGCGAUUGCUCCGCGAUGUCGCGAGUGGCAUGGCCUUUAUCCACAGCCUCGACCAGAUGCACCGGGACCUGAAGAGCGGAAACGUGCUGGUGUCAUCAUCGCUGCGCGCGAAGAUUACGGAUUUUGGAUCCAUUCGCCAGUGCUUUACGCGUGGCGGCAGAGCCCACAGCAGCGGCCACACUCGCCUGUCAUCCAGCCAAGCUGACGAUGAUCCGCAAUACAGCCAGCACGCUGGGCUGCAGACAAUGACGAGCAUGACGCUAACGGCUGGCGUGGGCACGCCACUGUACAUGGCACCAGAGGCACUGACGGGCGACAAGUACAGCUUUGAAGCCGACAUCUUCAGCUUUGGCGUGCUGAUGUGGGAGAUGGCGACACAGCGACCACCGGAUCUGAUUGAGCAAGAAAAAGGAAGUGGCUUCAGAGGACCACUGCUGCCAGCAAUCACGGAGCUCUUGAUGGAGGGCAAGCGGCUCAAGUUUGACGACAUGGGUGGUGAGUUUUCCAUCCCCGAGUGGUUCCAGUCGCUGACGUACAACUGCAUGGCGCAGAAUCCGCGUGAGCGCCCGUCGUUUGGGGAGCUCAAGGACCAUCACCUCGCAUAGUGUCAUGUCACUCAUGUGCGGAUGUGUCUCAGAUGUGCAUGUAUGUUCUUGCUCGUGCUUUACACGCCCGACGAGCGUUUGUGCGUCAAUGAGGGUUGCUUCCCCUCCGUACGGGUUAACAGUCAGUGAACCAUGAACGC